GGCGGCGGCGGAGGAGGAGGCGGNGGUGGGGGCGGUGCGGGGGGCGGUGGCGGCGGCAUGCAGCCGGGUAGCGCCGCCGUGACCUCGGGCGCCUACCGGGGAGACCCGUCCUCUGUCAAGAUGGUCCAGAGCGACUUCAUGCAGGGGGCCAUGGCCGCCAGUAACGGCGGCCAUAUGCUGAGCCACGCGCACCAGUGGGUCACGGCCCUGCCCCACGCCGCCGCCGCUGCCGCCGCCGCCGCUGCCGCCGCCGUGGAGGCGAGCUCGCCGUGGUCGGGCAGCGCCGUGGGCAUGGCCGGCAGCCCCCAGCAGCCGCCGCAGCCGCCGCCGCCACCCCCGCAGGGCCCCGACGUGAAGGGCGGCGCCGGGCGCGACGACCUGCACGCGGGCACAGCGCUGCACCACCGCGGGCCGCCGCACCUCGGACCUCCACCGCCACCCCCGCACCAGGGCCACCCCGGGGGCUGGGGGGCGGCCGCCGCAGCAGCCGCCGCCGCUGCCGCCGCCGCCGCCGCCGCGCACCUCCCGUCCAUGGCCGGGGGCCAGCAGCCCCCGCCGCAGAGUCUGCUCUACUCCCAGCCCGGGGGCUUCACGGUGAACGGCAUGCUGAGCGCGCCCCCAGGGCCCGGCAGCGGCGGUGGCGGCGCGGGCGGCGGCGCUCAGAGCCUGGUGCACCCAGGGCUGGUGCGCGGGGACACGCCCGAGCUGGCCGAACACCACCACCACCACCACCACCACGCGCAUCCGCACCCGCCGCACCCGCACCAUGCGCAGGGACCCCCGCACCACGGCGGCAGCGGCGGCGCGGGGCCUGGACUCAACAGCCACGAUCCGCACUCAGACGAGGACACGCCGACGUCGGACGACCUGGAGCAAUUCGCCAAGCAGUUCAAGCAGAGGCGCAUCAAGCUGGGCUUCACGCAGGCCGACGUGGGGCUGGCUCUGGGCACGCUGUACGGCAACGUGUUCUCGCAGACCACCAUCUGCCGCUUCGAGGCCCUGCAGCUGAGCUUCAAGAACAUGUGCAAGCUCAAGCCGCUUCUGAACAAGUGGCUGGAGGAGGCGGACUCGAGCACCGGCAGCCCCACGAGCAUCGACAAGAUCGCGGCGCAGGGCCGCAAGCGCAAGAAGCGGACCUCUAUCGAGGUGAGCGUCAAGGGCGCGCUCGAGAGCCACUUCCUCAAGUGCCCCAAGCCCUCUGCGCAGGAGAUCACCAACCUGGCCGACAGCCUGCAGCUCGAGAAGGAGGUGGUGCGGGUCUGGUUCUGCAACCGGCGCCAGAAGGAGAAGCGCAUGACGCCGCCCGGGAUCCAACAGCAGACGCCCGACGACGUCUACUCGCAGGUGGGCACCGUGAGCGCCGACACGCCGCCGCCGCACCACGGGCUGCAGACUAGCGUGCAGUGAAGGCAAGGGCGCAGCGCGAAGAGGGCCGCCCCGCCGCCGCCGCCGCCGCCGCCGCCUCCGCAGCGGCCGUCAGCACCGCCGCCGCCCCCGCCGCCGCCGCCGCCGCGCCGACCCUGCACCUGGGCCUCACCGGCCCGAGCCCAGGCCCUGCCGCCGCCCUCCCCUCCGCCCAAAAACAGGCAUGCCCGCCCUUGGAGGAAAAAAAACCAGGGAGAGACAGACCAAGGAGACAUUUUUUGAAGUCCAAGGAAGGAGGGACCAAAAAAAUUAAAAAGCAUAAUAAAUACCCAGACUGUUUCAUAUACAUAUACAACAAACAAAACCGGAAGAGAAAAAGGGGGCGAUCAUGAGAUCUCGUUUAUACCAUGGUGGUGUUUCGUUUUUUGUUUUUGUUUUUAAAAAAGGGUGAAGAUGCCUAACGCACCAAAACUGCACUCGUGAGAUUUUUCCCACCCUGAGAUGACCUACAUGGCAGUGGUGGACAGCACCUGCCUCGUCCUCUCCUCUUAAAAAAAAAAAAAGAGUCCCCCUUCCUUUCACUUUCUCCCUCCAGAAGGGCUGCCUAAACAGAUCCACGGAAACUUUCUUUCCUGGGAGCGACCUGAAAGAAAGCAGAGGCACCGCGUUUCAUCAGGGAAUGGCUCAGUGCUCCGGGACCCUGUUUUUCUUGGCCAUAUUCAAGUCAUUUGGGAACAAACAAAUCAACUAUGAAAUGGGAAGGAGGAGGGGAAAAAUCUCCAGGAAAAUAAAAUAUUCGCAGCUUCUGAAAUUAACAGACUGAAUAGCAAAGCCAAAAGUAUCCUCAAAGUAACCUUGGAAAUAAAAACAUCGCAAAAGAGCAGAGGGAUGGGCGAGGGAGAGGGGGACGUCCACCGAGGAGUGGCGAGAGGCCCCUGCCAAGUCGGGUCGCGCGGGCGGGCGGACUGGGCGCGGAGCGAGGGCCCAGCCUGCGAGGCCGCCAAGCGAGGCCCGGCCGCCAACCCAGGCUUUAACGGCUGCCACUCCGGGUGGACCAUGCCUAAAAAUUCCACCGCUAAUAUUUUUUUUAUUAAUAUUUUUUAUUUUUUAUUUCUGGACUGACUCAGAUAAAGGAAUUUAGAAAGACUGAGCACCAGCCGCUGCACUUCUCUGGACUUCUCUCCUCAAUCCGUUGCCAACUUUGAUUGAAUGGGUGCUGUGGAUGUGAUUAUAUAAUACUGCCAUUUCCAAGCAGUGUUUUUGGUAGGUUUUAAUAAACAGACUUUUCAAAAGACGGCAAUAUAGAAUUGUUAGAUCCGUUGUUGAUCUAAAAAUAUUUGCUUUAUAUUUUCAUUAAAUGACUUCUUUUAAUAUUUUAUUCAGAAUACUUAUGAACUGCUGCAAAACGGUAAUUUAUUUUUCCCCAGAUCUUGUAUUACGUGUUUUUUUCAGACGAGCACAAAUCAAAAUGAAAUGAAAAUAUGGACAGUUGUUAGGUAAUAAGGGUAUCUUUUGAUGUGAUCAUUUGAUUGUAAUUUAAUUUGAGUAGUGAUUCCGUAAGAGCUGAUCGAGAAAAUAAAUUUGUUAGAAUGAAA